AGGUCUUGUAAUCAUCCAUAUCUGCGAGCAUUGGUCCCCUCGUACAAACUCACACAGGAAGAAAACAGAGAACCCAGUGUUAGAUCUCACUUCUUCCUCAGAGUUGAAUCGUAGAAUUGGUGACACAGGAAGGAGAUACUUGAGAGCUUCAGUGUUAGACCUCACUCUCUCCUCAGAGUUGAAUCGCAGAGUUGGCGACAUUCCAGUCGUCUAGGCAAUUCGCAGAAAUGGCCAAUACCAAUGCUACUGCUUACAGUCACCAGAAGGCUGAAGGACCAGCCACGGUUCUUGCCAUUGGCAAAGCUACUCCUCCCACGGCCUUCCCUCAGAGUGAAUACCCAGACUUCUUCUUCGACAUCACCAAUACCAGUCACAAAACUGAGCUCAAGGCCAAAUUCGCUCGCAUUUGCAAAAAUUCAGGGAUCAACAAAAGGUACUUCCAUUGCACAGAAGACAUCCUGAAGGCUAAUCCUUCAAUGUGCACUUAUCUCGAACCUUCUCUGGAUAUUCGACAAGACAUUGCCAUCAGAGAGGUUCCCAGAUUGGCAGAGAAAGCAGCGAUUGAAGCCUUGGCAGAAUGGGGCCAACCCAGAUCCCAGAUCACUCACGUCGUCUUCGCAACCACAAGCGGAGUGAACAUGCCCGGAGCCGAUCUCACUCUCACCAGACUUUUGGGGCUGAAUCCCAAUGUGAACCGCACCAUGCUGUACCAGCAAGGGUGCUUCGGAGGAGCCACGGUUCUGCGUGUGGCCAAGGACCUGGCCGAGAACAACAAGGGCGCCCGAGUAUUGACAGUAGUGAGCGAACUUACAUGCGUGACCUUCCGUGCACCCAACGAAGAACAUCUGGACAAUCUGGUGGGUUCAGCCAUCUUCGGUGAUGGAGCUGCAGUCCUGGUCAUUGGUUCUGACCCCGUCCCUGAGGUGGAGAAACCCCAGUUCGAGAUUCACUGGUCAGGUGAGACGAUUUUGCCCGAGAGUGAUGGCGCCAUUGAGGGACGCCUGACUGAGGCAGGCCUGAUUUUCCAUUUGCUAAAGGAUGUUCCCGGCCUGAUCUCAAGAAACACUCUUCCCAUCUUCAACAAGGCUAUCGAGGUGGCAGGAUCCCCCGGCUGGAACGAUCUGUUCUGGUGUGUGCACCCGGGAGGUCGUGCCAUUCUUGACGAAGUGGCCAAAACCCUGAGCUUGAAGCCAGAGAAGAUGGAGGCAACUAGAGAUGUUCUCUACAACUAUGGCAAUAUGUCUGGUGCUAGCGUACUGUUCGUACUGGAUCAGAUGAGGAGGCGGUCAGCUGAGAAGAAAAGCAGCACAACUGGAGAAGGUUGUGACUGGGGACUGGUGGUUGGAUUCGGACCUGGUUUGACAAUUGAGGUGUCGGUCUUGAAAGCAAUUGCCACUGGAAAUUAGAAUUUUAGGUCCAGGUGGAUUGCUCCCGUCCAAGAAUAAUUCUUUUCAAAUUAUAUGGUUGACACACCGUCGAACCAUUUUUACAGGUCUGGAUUGAUUGCUAUCGUAAUGCAGGUCCAGGCAGAGGUGAGGGGUUUAGGCUUGCCUCUAUGUUAGCAUAGAAUGAUUCAUCAAAACAAUUGUAUAUUUUUAAGUUUAAGGAAGUAUCGGAGUAAAUUUGAGGAGCCACUAGAUCAUGAUACCAAGUGUAGAUAGAUGACGUUUGCAAGGCUUAGGCAGCAACGCCCGUUUAGAGAACAUACGAUGAUUCAUUUCUCAGAAGGCUGGAGAUCAGAAAGACGUGUAUCUUACACUUAAAUUUGUACAUCACGAAGCUCCGAUAUAAUGAAAUACUCUCCAGUUUCAAUCC